AGAUUACUUCAAUCUUUUGGAAAGAUAAAAGAUUGGAAAAAUAAGAUCAGUUUUUGGAAAGAUAAAAGAGGAUCAAACUUCUCUGAAACUAGAGUCCAAACCAUGACUGGAAAGUGGAAACAGGACUUAAACAAAUUCGCGGAAAGACUUCAGAACAUCAAGAUUCUUUACUUCUGUCGCCUGCCUAACAAUGCCUGUCAAUAGAGAUCUUAAAACUAAACAAAAUUUUGUUAUCCUUUUUCUUCUCGAGUACAAGGCUCAUUCACCGAGGCCCAAUGAAGGGUUUAAAAUGGUUUAUGAGCCUUUGCAUCUCCCACUUCGCUGUUUCCGUUCUGAUCUGAACAAUCCAACGAACGCCCUCCGACUAUCUAAACCAAAUCCAUCACCCGACAACCUUUGAAAUGGCCGUAAGGAUCGAUCUUUUUCCCCCGAAAGCCCUCCAACAACCUCGGAAGUUCCUGAACCAUCCUUGCAGCACCACUACUCUCAUCACCAACAGACCAAACAAGACUCACAACAUCCCGUGCGCGAAAACAAACCUCAGCGAUACAGCCCUUGCUCUGGAUUUUGCAGUUACGCUCGAAAAGAUUAAUACCCAUUUGGAGCAAAAGGAGAAGGCCAUAAGGCAGAGCAGAGAGUUGCUGUUCACAGAGUUGUGCCAGUAUUUGUCAUUGAAAGAAGAGGAAGUGAACAAGAAUUGGAGAAAGAUGAAAGAAGAGGAGAAAUGGGUUUUAGUUAAGGGGUUUGUUAAUAACUGGGGUGUCAAUUUUCAUCCAUUAUCUGUAAGAUCAGUUGUGGAAAUGGUGGAUGAAUAUUUGCAGGAUGAGAAAUCUUCUUCAGGUAUGUUUCCUGGUUUGAAGAGAAUGUUGUGGUUUUCACAAGAUACUUAGAUUGUACAAGAUUGCAUAAGAACUUGUAAAAUGUUAUAGCACUACUAAUUUGAUGGAAUUUUUCUUUUCUUGUUUAGCUAGUGUUCUAUCACAGAUCAAAAUCAUGUAUGGUGUAAUGCUUACUAUGUGUUUUUGUUUGUUCCUUUCUUCUUUCCAUUAAUGGACCAACAGCCAAGAACAAGCAUAAUAAAUGUACGAUGUUGUUGUUUUAAAAGAUUUAUUCUCCAUGGCUACA